UUCUACCAUAACCUUUUACCCGUAGGAAGGUUACAUCAAGAAUUUUUUUUUUGAUUUUUGAAACUUUGCGCUUACUCUUGGUUUGAAACCAAGAGUAUUGUCUGAUUAUCAUCAAAAUCAGCCAGAAUGGUUGUAACUAAAGAUAUUAAUUUGCCAACUGAAGAGGAAUUAACAGUUCCUGAAGUGAAUGUUUCAUCAGCUAUACUCAGAGCAGCCUCUUUUCAUUUAGGAAAACAUUGUGAAACCGUAAAUAAUGAGUUCAUGCUCUGUAAGGCUGAAUAUCCUACUGAUCCCAGAAAAUGUAUAAAUGAAGGAAAGGAAGUUACAAGGUGCUCAUUAGAUUUCUUUAGAAAAAUGAAAGCUAAUUGUCGCAAAGAAUUUGAAACAUAUGCCAACUGUGUUGAUAAAUCAAGUACUAACUUUAAAUUUGCUCCAUGCCGAAAGACACAAGGAGUUUAUGAUCAGUGUAUGCUGGAUAAGUUGAAUAUUGAGCGUCCUUACUGGGGCUACUUUUCAGAAUUAAAAGUUCAUGACUCACCUCGCCCCAGACCUCCUCCUCCAAAACCUGAAGUCUAUCCAGGUGCUUCCGAGAAACUUCCCGAUGACUUUCCUCAAUAUAAAGCAAAAUAUGAUGGUCGUUAUAUAUUCGACUAAUUGGAAGAAUGUAAAAACUUGGGUUGAGUAUCAUAGUGUAUUCAAGACAUUGAUUUAGCCAAUUAUGAGUGCUAGUAGUGUUUUAUUUAUUAUCAUUGUCUUAUGAAAAAUAAAUAAAAUGUUAUUGUUUAGUUUGUAUUUUUCAUCUGUUAUUCGAAUGGUUUUACUAUUAAAUAUUUUGUUUUAUUUC